CAAUCGUCAGCCUUACUCGUAUCCUGGAGCUACGCCAAAACCACUCCGUAAUCAUUUUCGGAGCAUCAACCUCAGUAGAGGGAACUGGCAGACAGAGUUAUAUUCUUAUCCUGGUAUGGACCGCUGCCAUUGUCAUUGCUUUCCACCUGAAUUGGCUGUGUUGGCUGGCCACCUGCUGCUUUCUGCUUUUUGCCCCUGCGAUUCCGGAUCGUUGACGUGAAAUUCGUGGAUGCCCCAUGACAUCAACAUGGGUAACCGGGUUCGGCCGGCCUUUCCAGCUCGUGGAUUAUCUGCAUGACACAUCCACCAAAGCAUGUAUCGAUAAAAUAUUUUUGCACUGAUAAAUGGUAGCUUCUGGUCCAAGCAGCUCUAAGCUCUGGCAGCAUUGUUGAAGAUGGUUUGCUGUUGAACAAGGCUUCAUUCCUCCUUUGACUCGAAACAUGGCUUCACUACAGCACCGGCCGAGGCUACCCCUUGGGUCUGUCGUUCGUCAUGUGUCUAAUCCUGUGUCACUCACUCUCCAUCACAUACACACCCCAAAUCGGAGUUUCAGUCUUGCUAAAAGCAAAAACAAUGGAACCCGCAAAGAAAGAGUCGUGAUCCUCGGCUCAGGCUGGGCAGGCUACGGCUUUGCCCGCACGCUCGACCCGGCCAAGUACGAACGAGUCGUCAUCUCACCACGGUCCUACUUCGUCUUCACCCCCUUACUGGCCUCGACCUCGGUUGGCACCCUCGAGUUCCGCUCCAUCCUGGAACCCGUCCGACGUCUAAAAGGCAAUGUAGGCUUCUUCCAGGGAUGGGCCGAUGACAUUGACUUUGAUCGUAAGAUGAUCCGCGUCGAGACCAACGCGGCCGAAGAGGCGGCCAGCAAAACCAUUGUGCCUCCGCCUUCUCCCUCGCCUUCCGAGACACCCGGACUGGAAAAGGAGACAACCAUGGAGAUAGCAGCGACGACAAAGAAACCCAAAGGCGAUCUAAUCAACAUACCCUACGACAAGCUCGUCAUCGCAUGCGGCGCCUACAGCCAGACCUUUGGCAUCGAAGGCGUCCGUGAACACGCCCACUUCCUCCGCGAUAUCGGCGACGCCCGCCGUAUCAGGUUGCGCGUCCUGUCUCUCUUCGAACAAUGCUCGUACCCGCGGGGGUCAGACCACCUCAGCGACGACGACAAGCGCGCCCUGCUGCACUUUGCCAUCGUCGGCGGCGGACCCACGGGCAUCGAGUUCGCCGCCGAGCUGCACGACCUCAUCCACGAGGACCUGGCCCCCUUGUACCCGGACCUGAUCCCCCUCGUGAGCAUCACCGUCUACGACGUCGCCCCCAAGGUCCUCCCCAUGUUCGACCAGGCCCUGGCCCAGUACGCCAUGGACACGUUUGCGCGCCAAAACAUCUCGGUCAAGACCGAGCACCACCUGCAGCGGCUGCGGCUCGCCGACGGCGAGUUCGGCCGCCGCCACGGCGCGCUCAAGAUCAAGAUCAAGGAAUAUGGCGACCAGGAGGUCGGCGCGGGUCUGGUGGUCUGGAGCACGGGGCUGAUGGCCAAUCCACUGAUCGCCAAGCUCACCGCCAAGCGGCUGGCCGCUGACGGGGCGGCGGCGGCGGCAAACAACCCCUUAUCCUCUUCCGGGAAUAGCGACAACGCUGCUUCCCCACCCCGGCACCUGGCCCGCGACGCACGCACGGGGGGGCUAGUCACCGACGCGCACCUGCGGGCGCGGACGCUCGACGAGGCCGGGGGCAACCCUGGGGUGCUGGACGACGUGUACGUGAUUGGCGACUGCGCCGUCAUGGAGAACGAGCCGUCGCUGCCCAAGACGGCGCAGGUGGCCAGCCAGCAGGCGGUGCACCUGGCCAAGAUGCUCAACAAGGGCGGCGCGGCCGCCGUCGCCGACAGGCCGUUCCGCUUCCGCAACUGGGGCACCCUGACCUACCUGGGCAGCUGGAAGGCCAUCCACCAGAGCCAGGCCGACGAGCUGCGCGGGUGGGUCGCCUGGGUCAUCUGGCGGGGGGCCUACCUCACUAAGUCCAUGUCGGUGAGGAACAAGAUUUUGGUGCCCUUUUACUGGAUGGUUUCGUGGCUUUUUGGAAGGGGCAUCAGCCGCUUUUGAGGUUAUCAUUGCCUGGAGGGUGUGGUGUUGCUAGAGCAGGAUAGGACGGUGGUCCUGCUGUAGGUAUGCAUACAGUUGCGAGCCGUGUUUUGUUUCCAACUUUCCAUUACUCUUGGCCUGUAGGUGCUUAUGGAUAGACUUUGAUGGGCGUCAAAAAUCGGUUAGAUAGACUGAUAUCCCUGUAUUUGUAUACUGUAAGAAGAUGUGUAUAUGACUGAAUAGACU